AUGUUAGUCGUCGGUGCAAAAAAUACGUUCGUUAUGAAGCACGUUUUCAAUGAUGUGGCGAGUAUGGAAGUGGGAAAAGCGUACUACGGACCAGAAGAAGAGCAUUUUGGAGUGUCAUGGAGAAUUUGCAUGAUCAGGUGCCCGCUCCGGGGCUACUCCCUUUUAGAAUGUUUGAAGCCACGUGAAACUAAUCCAUGGAAAAUCGAAACAAAAAUUAGUUCAAACAUUUUGAAACCGAAUGGAAACUGGCGUACAUCAUUCAUUUCUCAUGAUUUUUCGCAAAAAUCUCUUGAAAACGCAACUUUUUACGAUUGCGAGCGCACCAGCAGAUAUGUGAUCGAUGGAACAAUGACAAUUAAAUUAGAAGUUGAAAUCCAGAAAAUGUCCGGAUUCGAAAGUCAAAUUUUGAGAAAAUUUGAUGAUGUCGCGGCAAAAGAACUCUCGGAUGUCGUUUUGGUAGCUGGAAGUCAAGAGUUUCAUGUCAACAAAAUGUAUCUCUCCCUGCAUUCGCUUUAUUUCUAA